AUGAUCUAUGCAGCUGCAGGUUCAUGUAAGGUGCGCCAAUCUGAUCCUUCAAAUAAAGUUGAUGAACCUAGUUUUUGCAUUCAUCAUUGGCUCACACGUAUAAGUAACUUGGAUUUUCAUCAAGAUCUCAGGGAACAAGCAUCCAGUUGGAGUUAUCAUAACUCAGACAAGCUUAGCGAGAAACUUUUCCCGCAUUCCAUGAAAUUCAAUGGUUCACAGUGCAUAACCAAGGAUGGAAAAGUAACAUGUGUAAAAAGUCCAUAUGGCAGUUCAUUUGUUUUACUGUAA